AUGAGAGCAAAGCUAGAGGUCUUGGCACUGGUCCUGGGCUUCAUCGGCCUGGUCGGGACAAUAGCUGCCACUGCCUUGCCCACCUGGAAGGUCACUGCCUUCAUCGGUGCCAAUCUCAUCGUCAUGGAGGAACUCUGGGAGGGCUUGUGGAUGAACUGCAUCGACCAGGCUGACAUCAAGAUGCAGUGCAAGGUGUACGACUCGCUGCUGAUUCUCCCAGCAGAGCUGCAGGCUGCUAGAGGGCUCAUGUGUUUCUCCAUAGUCCUGGUUGUCAUCUCCUUGUUCGUCACAGGAUGCGGGACCCAGAAGAGCGAAUGUUGUGGUGACAAUGUGAAGAGCAAGAACAUCACCCUGGCCUUAGGGGGGAGUCUGUAUCUGCUCUCAUGUUUGACCACACUCAUCCCUGUCAGCUGGGUGGGCAACACCAUCAUCAGAAACUUCUACAACCCAGCGGUGCCGGAUUCUCAAAAACACGAGCUGGGGUCAGCUCUCUUCAUUGGCUGGGCCACUUCUGGUAUUUUGCUCAUCACUGGGAUCAUCCUCCUGGUCAGGUACAGCAAACGCAGAUCGAAGGAAGAAGAGCCGUACAAUAUAGCAUAUGCAAUGGCGCAAAGAGAUCUAAAGAAACAGGACAGUGUCUACACGGCGAGGACGGCAUCCAGCGUUCAUAAUCAUCAUGAAUAUGUUUAAAAUGUAAAAUGUUUGAACUAUACUCUACUGCAGUGUGCAAAUUCAGCUUUAUGUGUCCCCGGAAAUCUUAAAGAUGCUGCUUGAGGAAGGUUCAAAGAUGUCAGGAGCGUGCAUGUUCUGUAUAAAUAUGCAUCUCCUUGUUUUACAAUAUAUAUUAUGACUCAUGUACUUUGUGUUUGUAUUGGAACAUAAGUAGUUUUCAUUUUCAUCAUUUGAAUCAUGUGCCCAAAAUCAUAGUUAGCUAUAUGUAAUACAUGAAUGACUGCUAUGAUAAACUGUCGUAAGUUCAGAAAUAAUACGUAAAUACAAGUGCUCUUUGUGAUUCUGUACUGCCAUGUCAUUUUGUUUUGCCUUUAUAACUGUAAACUUCACUAUUAGAUGCUGAAUUGUUCUUCAGUAUAGUGAUUUGGUAAUAUCUCAUGACCAAACAAUCAU